UAUGAAUAACAGGUGCUUGCUAUGUACUCCUACUCGACUGAGAUUUGUCCAGUCUCAACGGGAAAAGGUAGAAGGAGUUGUGGGCUGAGCCGUUUCACUCACCGUUGAGUUGGAUGACCAAAAUUGAGCUAACGAGAUGUACGUAUCUUUUCUUUUUCUUUUUGAUGAAACGGAGAUGUACGUAUCCUUGAUCAUGCAACGUAAAGCACCUUACGUUGGAACUACUCUUUUUUUUUUUGAGGGAACGUUGGAACUACUCUUGGGUAUCAUCAAUUCAUCAUCGGAGGAGGUCUGCCAACUGCUUCCCUUCGAUACGGACACGGUUAAGGAAACCGAAAAGGCCACUGCGCUUCGAUAGGGACACGGUUAAGGAAACCGAAAAGGCCACUGCGUGGCUUCAAAGAUCAAAUGGAACGUUCUAGAGCACGCCUCGGAGUUCUUCUGGUCACGCGUGGCCGACCUUUAUAAGGGAUGCCCUCGGGGCCUCGUUAACAAAGCACCCACGCACGACGGCUACCAACCAACGCCAGAUUCACGGACUCCCGUAAUACGCGAACGCGAGACGAUCGAUUCUCGGUUGGUUUGUUUUAGAUCCGACCAGCGGCAAUACAUGGCGCACGGGCAGGAGUCGUCGACGGAGGCCGCCGCCGGUGGGGGCGCACCGCUGUGCGCGAACGGCUGCGGGUUCUACGGGAGCGAGGCGACCAAGGGCAUGUGCUCCAAGUGCUACCGCGACCACCUCAAGUCCACCGAUGUGGCUGCCCCCGUCGUCGAGGGGAAGAUCAAUGCCGACGACCUCGUCCUCGCCUUCAAGACGUCGGUGAGCCUGCAGGACUCUGCCGCUGCAAUUACUGCUGAGGCGGGACCGGCGGCGAAGAAGGCGGCGCCGACCAGGUGCAUGGCGUGCAACAAGAAGGUGGGGCUGCUGGGGUUCGCGUGCCGCUGCGGUGGCACCUUCUGCUCGCUGCACCGGUACGUGGACGGGCACGCGUGCGGCUUCGACUACAAGAAGGUCGGCCGGGAGCAGAUCGCGCAGCAGAACCCUCUCGUCGCGCCGUCCAAGUUCCACAACAAGAUUUGAAGGCAGGAAGAGUUGGAAACAUAUGUAUACAGUUUUAGUUUACUCGUUGGCUUUACUAUCUCUCAUACUUAAUUCGAUCUUUCAAGCACUGGCUCCAUAAGUUGAAACGGGUCGAUCCUGAUCUUUCUUGUUCUUUUUUUCUUGAACAUCAGCACAGACACAAACGCUCAUAUACACGCGCAUACACUCAUUUCUAUGAACGCGCACACACAC